AGACCUACGACGGUGCAUGUCACGUUGUGGAAACGAUUUGGCUCGGGGUACCUGUGGUUCUACUCGACACACCAUACACCAAGUAGAUUGCUAGAAACAACAAAAAUGGCGGGCCAUGCUACUCGUAGUCUUCCAACACCGAAACACGAACAAGGAGAUACAGUUCUUUGCUAUGAACCCGAUCCUACCAAAGCCAGAGUCCUUUAUGAAGCAAAGGUUCUGGAAGUAGACAUCACAAAAGACGAGAAAGGCAAAAAGGUACCAGAGUACUUCAUCCACUUCAAUGGCUGGAAUAAGAGCUGGGAUCGUUGGGUUGUGGAGGAAAGUGUUCUAAAGAAUUCUGAAGCCAAUCAAGCCCUCAAAGCAAAGCUUCAUGAGAAUGCCCUGAAGUAUCAGAAAAAAAGAAAGCAACAGAGAACCAGCACCUCAACAACACCUGUCGACCAGGAAACAACUACUCCAACUGAUGAUAUUACUUCAAAUCAGUCUGAUCUUCCAAAAGUUGAGAUUGAGAUUCCAAGCCAGUUGAAGUUAAAACUUGAAGAUGACUGUUACCUGAUCAAGAGGAAGAAAAAGCUCAUCAAACUGCCAAGGCAUCCUUGUGUCUAUGACGUUUUAGAGGAAUAUUUUUCGCACUGCAAACUAACACAGCCAGAAGAAAGCUGCAACCUUAUAAGGGAAGUACUGGAUGGACUAAGGAUCUACUUUGAUUUCACUCUGCCCACACUUCUGCUGUAUAAUUUUGAGCGUGAACAGUACUAUGCAGCUAUGCAAGUUAACCCUGACCCACUAGGACAGUCAAAUGGGCCCCAGAGGCCUGUGGCAGAGCAAGCACCAGCAGAUGAGAAGUGUGGAGUUGUCAGUUCUUCCACUGAGGCAUCAUUAAAUAAUACUAGUAGUACAAGCAAUCAGAAGGAGAGGGAAAGGAGAUCUUCACGCCGCCGCACCCUGAGAAAUCACCCAACACAAGCACCUGAUGAAACCUCAUCUGACCAGACAUUCACAGAGCAGGAAGACCCAUCAAGCCAGAGUGUCCAGUCAGAAACAGAGGGUUCACAGUCAGCUAUGGUGUCAUCAACAUCAUCUACUCCAGAUCUCCUGGCAUCACCACCUGUUAAAAGGAAAGUGCACAGCAUUGAGGAAGUUCCAAGCGACCCUCCCGCCCAGCCCCGCCAUAACCUGUCUCUGUCUUCAACCUGCUCUUCACUGCCGAUAACCAGUGGACUGCUACCUGCCACAUGCAAGACCAUGCCAUCACGAAUAUACGGACCUGAACACCUACUAAGAUUAUUUGUGAAGCUGCCAUCCCUUCUAGCAAGGACCAACAUGCCGGAAAAAAACCUCGUUCCCUUGCUUGAGCAAGUGGAUCUCCUCCUGAAAUAUCUCGUGGAGCGUGAGAAUGCGCUAUUUUCUGACGACGUCUACCAGAGCUUUCUAUAGCGCAAGCCCUGUUUACAAUACCUGCACAAGUAUACUGUAUUGGCAUGUUUAGAUUUACCUAGCAUGUUGGUUAUCAGGUCACAUCACAGUCAGACGCAUACUAUUAAUUUACAACCGUUCAUCAAGGAUAUCUUUUAGGGGCGUUCGAUAAACCCUUGAAGUCCCUGCUAAUUCUAUAUAAUUUCAAGUUCCCUUGGGACUGUUUUCAUUAGUUUCUUCUCUGAUACAUUGGUCGGUUUGAAAUUCCUAUAACUCUAGUCCCAAGUUCCCUAAGAUACAUAUUUUAACUUUUAAAUUUCAAGCUUUAAUUAGAGCUGUUUUUCUUCUAUCUUGACGGUUGGAGCUUCCUAACUCUAGCCUAAAGUUCCCUAAGGUACUUAAAUGACUUCGAAUUCCAAGCUAUAUAAUUAGAGCUGUUUCCUCGGGCGGGGAUCAUCGUCGUAUCCUUGAGGGUGUAAAUUUAUAGCCUUGGGUAUCUUUUCAGGGUGAAAACGUUGAAACGUGUCAAUCGGUGUUUUUAGAUCACUAACCAGCAAAAAAAUCACAACCCACAGUAUCUUUUAGGGGGUAUUCAUGCCUAACCACGCCCACUUAAGUAUCUUUUAGGGUUAAAAUAUAACAAGACCACGCCCACUUUAGUAUCUUUUAGGGUUGUUUUCAAAAAAUCCCGACGAUGAUCCCCGGGGUUUAACUUAGUCGAGUUCGCCAGUUGCGAUUGAAAAUUCUUGCUUUAGUCUACUGUUGAAAAAGAGGAAUGCCAUAAACAAUAGCUAGACUGCAGUUUUAAAACCUCAAAGAGCAUAACUGGAAAUUUGAAGGUUGUACAAGCUAUUUUAGAUAUAUCUUUUUUUUUUCAUAUUUGCUACCAACUUUGUCAUGUGAAUAUAAAACAUAUAGAUAGCAUAAAACUAUACAGUAGUCACCAGCAAAAAACUUCUAAGAUAUUUAGUUUUAUUUUAUGCAAGUUGUCAUAUACAGAUAACUUAAAUAAAGUUAAUUGGAAUGUG